CAGCUCGGCCCACCCAGCAUCAGGCGGCCGGCUCUGAGCCUGGCACAGGGGUCAUCCCCUAGGAUGCCCGGAAAGGAUGUCCAGAGACUGCUCUGUCAGUCGCCCCCACCCCCAACAGUCUUCAGUCCAGUGACCUUCAUGCCCUCCUGAAGCCUGCAGAAUCCAACCGCAGCCGUCCAUGAGGUGCUGCUCUUCAAUCUCAGCUCCACUUCAGGCACAGAUACUUUCCCAGGAUCCACAGGGCGCCAGGAAUGUGGAGCAGAGAGCAGAGAGGUCCCCAGGGGCCAGGCGGUAAGGACCCUCACCCCGCCUCCCCCAUUCUCUCUGCUCCCUGCUUCUGGUGUGGACCUCAGGCCACUCCCUGCCCUUCCUGGGCCUCUGGGCCUCAGCUUGUCCUCUGCAAAAUGGGCAGGCUCGCCUCUGGCCUACUUAUCACACAGGUCCCAUGGGAGCAAGCAAACAGCCUGUGCUGUAUUGAGCAGGAGACACUGGGUUCUCAGACUGGGCUCCAAACUUCCCCAUCCUACAUUCCACGGACAGAUGUUCCCUAUAGCUAGGGUGAAGGAAGAUCCCGGAAGGAGAGGUUAUGAAAAUGUGGGCGAUGUAAAGGUUCCUGUGACAAUGGGACCAUUUCAAGACUGAAUGUUAAUGUGUGACAGUGGGAUUUGCAGUGUGGACAGGUGACUGUGUGACUGGCUGUGGGGUUGGGAAGGGUCACACAUGAAACACACUUAAGCUGGGAGUGGUGACCCCCAGGUAUAAGCUAAGCUUUUGGGAAGUGAGGCAGGAAGAAUCCUCCCAGUGAGAAGCUGACAACAUGGUUCAUUGGUAGAGCUCCUGCCUAGAAUUCCCCAGUGAGGGGCUGGGAGAAUGGUGCACCUUUAGAGUGCUUGCCUACCAUGUGCAAGAACCAGGGUUCUAUUCCAACACCAAAAUAGGGUGAUGAGUUCAAGGCUAGCCUGGGCCAAAUGGAGAUAUUAACGGACCAGGUAGUUCAGUGGUUAAAGGUGUCUACUGUCAAUCCUGAAGACCUAAACUCCAUCCCUGGAAUCUAUGUAGAAUGUGGUUUGUGAGUGUAGACAGAACAUGGUAUGGUUGUCUGCCCAGACAGAGCUGGAUGUGACAAUGAGAGAGCGUACAUUUUGAUGCCUUCUGAGGAGUUUAUGUUGUUAGACAUGCUAUAGACUCUGGGAGACUGCGAUGUAUUUCACAAGGAACAGUGUUUUCGGAUGUGGCUGCCUGUCACCUGUGUGUGUUUCAGCUUGGGCUGUGAGAGGAAUGAAUGGUCGUCUGUAUUGCCUCACAGUCAGGCACAUUUAUGUCCUGGACACUCACUGAAGCCCUGCUCCAUAUGUCCAGUCCUCCUGAGGGACACAGAGCAGUUGCUAUCGAGAGUGGGUGUGUGCACCACUGACAGUGCUGCCAAACGUGGAGCCAGAUGUGGUCACCUCAUGUGCCUGUGCAAUUGAAAUCUGAAGCUUAGCACUGAGAAAGCCGAGGCAGAAGGAUCCAAGCUUGGAGCCUACCUCGGUUAUAGAGUGUGACUCUGUUUUGUUAAAAAACAAAACAAAACCAACAACAACAAAAAAAAAAACCACAGAGGAAAUAGGGCUGGAGAAAUGGCAAUUAAGAGCACUUCAGGAGCUGGAGAGAUGGCUCAGCGGUUAAGAGCACUGACUGCUCUUCCAGAGGUCCUGAGUUCAAAUCCCAGCAACCACAUGGUGGCUCACAACCAUCUGUAAUAAAUCUGAUGCCCUCUUCUGGUAUGUAUGAAGAUACCUAUAGUAUACUCAUAUAAAUAAAAUAAAUAAAAUCUUUAAAAAAAGAAUUAAAUUCUUAAAAAAAAAAAAGAGCACUUCAGGAGGACCCAGGAUUCAGUUCUCAGCACCCAUGGGGAAGCUCACAACCAUGGGUACCUCCAGUUCCAGGGGAUCCAGUGCCCUCUACUGGCCUCCUCAGGUACUGCAUGAAUGUGUGCACAGGCCUCCAUGCAUGCAAAAAACCAUUCACACACGUACAAUUAAAACAAAGAAAGGCAAGUCAGAGAUUGGAGCAACGGUUCACUUGGUAAAGUGCUUGUUAUGCAGCUAGUUAAGCCGAGUAGUGUGCACUUGUAAUCCCAGUGCUGGGGAGGCAGAUCUCUGCAUUCAAGGGCAGUCAGGUUUAUACAGUGAGUUCCAGGACAGACAGAGUACACAGAAAACUCUUGCUUGAAAGACCAAACCAAAGAAGUAGACGGCACUCAAGAAUCACACGAGAAGUUGUCCUCCGGUCCUUACACGCACGCACACACGUACAUGUACACACAUGUACAUACACCAACCAACGAUAACAGAAAGACAGUGGUAUUAGGACUAUGGGCCGUGUUUGCAUGUAUGUGAAGUGUGUCCACAUCCCCGGGCACACAGCCGCGUGUCCCUGCCGGUGAUUGGGAAGCUGUGGGUGAAGGACUGGCUCUCUCAGCAUGGUCCCAGUUGUAUAGCUAUGAAUGAAUUUGUUACUCACGGAGUCUCACUCUGUGAGUGUCUGACGCUCUCUUGCUUAGCGCUUGAGAUCCUGUGUGAGGCAGCGUGAGAGGCAGUGUAAGUGGCUGGAUAGCAUAAUGUGUUUUGUGGCCUGGGGGAGGGGGGACCAUAACUGUGUGGCUGCUCCCUCUACGUGACACAGAGUGGCUGUGAUAAACGUGCCUGCUCCACAGUUCCCACUCUUCCCCAGAGCUCCCCCCUCCUGUUCUCUGUUCCGCCCUGGCCCCGCCUCCUCCCAACACCCCAGGCUGCCAGCGCCUGUCACCUCUUCCAGAGCUCUCUGGCAGGCGAGGCAGGGCAGCUGUUUCAGUGGAGAUUGCGAGCAGGACUCGGUACAGGUGAGCACUGACUUGGGCUGAAGCUCAAGAGUUGGUUCUGCCCGGGGACCCUCCAGCCCAACUGCCUCGAGUGGCCAGAGUCUCCAAUCACCUUUCAAGGAUGCCCCUGCGGCUGUUGCUUCUGCUGCUGUGGCUCUGGGGAUUGUCACUCCAGAGGGCGGAGACAGAUUCUGAGGGGCAGACGACGGGAGAGCUGUACCAGCGCUGGGAGCGUUACGGCUGGGAAUGCCAAAACACCUUGGAGGCCACAGAACCUCCCUCAGGCCUGGCCUGUAAUGGUUCCUUCGAUAUGUAUGCCUGCUGGAACUACACGGCUGCCAACACCACUGCCCGGGUGUCCUGCCCCUGGUAUCUGCCCUGGUACCGCCAGGUGGCUGCAGGCUUCGUCUUCCGCCAGUGUGGUAGUGAUGGCCAAUGGGGAUCUUGGAGAGACCACACUCAAUGUGAGAAUCCAGAGAAGAAUGGGGCCUUUCAGGACCAGAAGCUGAUCUUGGAGCGCCUGCAGGUCGUGUAUACAGUCGGCUACUCCCUGUCCCUGGCCACUCUGCUGCUAGCCCUACUCAUUUUAAGUUUGUUCAGGCGGCUUCACUGCACUCGUAAUUACAUUCACAUGAACCUGUUCACGUCUUUCAUGCUGCGAGCAGGGGCCAUCCUCACCCGAGACCAGCUGCUGCCUCCACUGGGUCCCUACACGGGAAACCAGACCCCUACCCUGUGGAACCAGGCCCUAGCUGCCUGCCGCACAGCCCAGAUCUUGACCCAGUACUGUGUGGGAGCCAAUUACACCUGGCUGCUGGUGGAGGGUGUGUAUCUGCACCAUCUGCUGGUGGUUGUGAGACGCUCAGAAAAGGGCCACUUCCGCUGCUACCUGCUUCUUGGCUGGGGGGCCCCCGCGCUUUUCGUCAUCCCCUGGGUGAUCGUCAGGUACCUGUACGAGAACACGCAGUGCUGGGAGCGCAACGAAGUCAAAGCCAUUUGGUGGAUCAUUCGCACCCCCAUCCUAAUAACCAUCUUGAUCAAUUUCCUCAUCUUUAUCCGCAUCCUUGGCAUCCUUGUUUCAAAGCUGAGGACUCGACAGAUGCGCUGUCCCGACUACCGACUAAGGCUGGCUCGCUCCACGCUGACACUGAUGCCCCUGCUGGGUGUCCACGAGGUGGUAUUUGCUCCCGUGACCGAGGAACAGGCUGAAGGCUCCCUGCGCUUUGCCAAACUGGCCUUUGAAAUCUUCUUAAGUUCCUUCCAGGGUUUCCUCGUGAGUGUGCUCUACUGCUUCAUCAACAAAGAGGUACAGUCGGAGAUCCGCCGUCUGCGUCUCAGCCUUCAGGAACAGUGUCCACGUCCGCACCUGGGGCAGGCCCCCCGGGCGGUGCCUUUGAGCUCUGCACCCCAGGAAGCUGCCAUCCGCAAUGCCUUGCCCUCUGGGAUGCUGCAUGUGCCUGGAGAUGAGGUCUUGGAAAGUUACUGCUAGGACAACCGACUGGGAGGCCACUUGCGAAGACAUGAUGGGACAUGUUUGGGAGAGUGGAGACAGCUUGAAGAGUUGGAGGAUAAGAUUCCAGGCAGACGGAACAGCACAGGAAAAGGUCCUGGGAACAGGAAGAAUGGAGAAAGACUUCCAUGGUCCCACUGGAAAAAGCCAGGGCCUGCAGAUGGGGAAGGAGUGGGCAGGGGGUGCAGAAACUGGAAUUUCACCGCAGGCUCACUGAAGAUUUUAUUUUUACUUUUACGUGUACAAUUGCUUUGCCUGUGUGUACGGAUGGAUACCACAUGCAUACAGUGUUUGCAUAUGCCAGAGGACAGAAGAUCUCUGGGACCGAAUGCUUGUCAGCCUUUAUGUAGAUGAAGUGAACACAACUCCAUCUCUCCAGUCCCACACAGAUUUUAGCAGCAGUGUCUCCUGGGCUGUUUCCAUGGCUCUCUGUUCUAGGGACUAGGGGCAGUGAGUUGGGAGCCCAGUGAGAGGAAUGCAGGUGGCUGGACCAGAAUGGAGGCCACAGAGAGGUGGGAAGGAUUUGCUGAGGGGUCCCAGGAGAGGGAUCAAAGGAGACAGUCAAGACAAAAGGAGAGCAAUCAAAAGUCAAAAGGCUCUGUGGUGUGGGAGGCUCUGCCUGUGCCAGGCUGUGAGAGAUGAGCAGCAGGACCUGGAGCUGUAGGUGGUGAGAGCUGGCAGCCAAGCAAGAGGAUCCUGUGGUCAGUGGAGGUAGCCAGAUCUUCCCACCUCCCAGAGAGGGUUGGGGAUGAAGCCUCAUUGUGACUGGUCCACCUGUGGAUGGAUGGACACACAGACACACACACACACACACACAGAGGCCUCCUUUAUCAGUACUGGGUGCUGUGUUUCCCCAGGGUUCCCAGAAAGAUGUGUCUCCUAGCUGACCCCGCACUCAACACUUCAGGGCUUUGCCUUCUGGAGUGGAGACUCUAGUAAAUUAAGCUUCUUUAUGGGGUGGGAGGCUAGGCUAGAAAGGGAGAUGACUAGGGUGUGUGUGAGGUAGUCUGCCAUAGAUCAAUGAGGCUCAUUUGGAGCCAUAUGUUGGCACAAAAAACCAUGGACACCACAUUGCUACUGUACCCUCCCCUAAGAUAACCUUUAUUGAGAACUAAGACAUAUGUACAAAUUAAAGUUGUGUGUGUGAA